AGUGUAUUCAGUAGUUUAAAGACAUGGUGGACGACGCCCAAGCAGCCUGCAGGGAAGGAUAAUGAGAAAGUCGUCUCGCCCACGUCCCCCAGCAAGCAGGAAGCGCCAAAUGUCGCAGACAACCCUAACCUGGGUGCUGCCUAUGAGAGGAGCCAAAUGUUGAUGGCUGCUCAGAAGUCUUCUCUUCAUCCAGCUAUGCGUCUCAAGGGUUUAGAAGACGAGGAAGAGGAACCUGACAAUCUGGAUGACUUCCGAACCACAAGCAGAGUCAUCAAUGCGAAACUGGAUUCUGAUUUAGAUGAGAUAAGUAUGGGACUGUCGCGCCUAAAAGGCUUAGCAGUGGGUCUCGGGACGGAAAUUACGGAUCAGAACGAGACCAUCAGCCGCAUACAUGAGAAGGCAGACAGGGCAGACAUGACCAUCGGCUCGCAAAACACACAGAUAAAGAAAAUCCUCAAACGAUGAGGCCGGUAGAAUGUAGGUUGAAAGGUGAUUUUUUGCAUUAAUUGUAUAACCUUGAAUUUAAGAAUGUAUCAUCAGCAAAAGAAAUAAUAUUAUGCUUUCAUUUCAAGAAAACCCUUGUGUUAUUUUUAAUACCAUAUAGAAAAGUACAGGUGCUACUCAGUUUACAAUGGAGUUACAUUCCGACGAACCCAUCAUAAGUUGAAAUAUCGUAAGUCGAAUAUGAAUAUAUGCUAAAUAAAUGUACAUGUAUAUGUAGGUGCACAACUUAUGAUGGGGUUGUGUUGUGACGAACUCAUCCUAAGUUGAAAAUAUUGCAAGUUGAAUAUGAAUAUCAUAUGACAAGUAAAUAAUGACUGUCACUUAAUAUGUAAACAAACACACAAUUACUGUAACUAAAUACUAGUACUGAAAAGUGAACGAAUACACGUUAUGGACUUGCCACCUUCAUGUUGGGUAAUUAUCUUAAGUUUCAUCUCCGAAGUAAUUGUUUUUGCACCAUCGUAAAGUUGAAAUAUUUUAAGUUGAACCAUUGUAGGUUGACGAACGCCUGUAUUGUAAUUCCUACAUACCGUCAUUCAGAAUUAGUUACUGAAACGGUGGGAAUAAUGCCGCUGUGACCUUGAAAUACUGACCAAAAAGCUCUGUUGAAUAAGUAUAUGUGAUCGGUAAUUUGUGAAUGUUGAUGAGCACCAGCCUGCCAGGUAACAGCCAGUCAGAAUCUUGGGUCGUGUGUAACACGUGUGCAGCGGUUUGGUAUCUUUAGACAAGACAUUUUUUGCCUGCUCAGCAGGCUUCUACAGUCAAAAUACAGAGAAGACAACAGUAGUGAUGUAGAUACCUACAUCUCUCCUGUGUUGUUGUCUCCUGUAUUUCAGCUGAUGUCUGCUGAGCUGACAAAGUAUCACAUAAAUCAAUACUAAACUGUUGCUGGUGUCUUCAUAAAGUUGUCAGUAUCACAUAUCGUUAAUAUCAUAGCAUGCGUUUUGUGUCAAAAAAAUUUACUUGCGAUGAUAAAAUUGCUCAGCUAUCAGAGGUCACUCCUCGUGUACUUGGUAUUUAAACUGGUUUAAUUGCUUGUUAGGACUUUAUGCUGCAAACUAAGUCCUCUUCUCUUGCAAAUCUACCAUAAAAAAGGCACCAAAAAUGUUCAAAAAAGCUGUUUUUGGUACAUUUGAUUUGUGUUGAACAGAGUAUUGUUACAGUGAAACCUGCAACAUGCAUGUCUUCGUUAUUGCCAGCAAUAAAUUGUUUGAAUCCAUGCACAUGGUACAGUCACCUCUUAUAAAGCCUCUCUGUACACUGAUUUUUUUUUAUAUGUAAUUGCCUGCAUUUCCCAUUCCUGUCCAAGUUGUUUCUCAUUCUGUGUCCACCAGUGUUGAUGAAGCUUUAAACCCAGUAUUAUUGAAGGUGCUAGAGUCUUCAGCACGAUCACGUGUCUCAUCACACUCGUCCUUAUUUCGCUACCAUUGAAGCACGUAGAGGUAUCGCAUUCCAAAAGGGUGCCUUGAUGGCGAAGGGCUCUUGAUCCAAGGAAUUGGAGGUUAACCCCCCCCUCCCUUCCUCCCUUUUCUUGGAUCAAACUGCAUGCAGCAUGCAUACAUGUUAGGUAGCAAAAAGGCACAAUACUGUGACAGGAACAAUACACAAAUAACUCACACAUGGGAGAGGGGAGCUUACCACGCUGUUUCAUUCUGACUUGUGACUUUGUAAAUGGUCCAGGUAGGACUUGAAACACCAUUGUAACCUCCCCUCUCUGUGCGGGUUAUUUGUGCAUUACAUGUUAGGGAAAGUAGUUCGUGGUUGUAACGUGUUGUAAACUAGUUUGUACGUAUAUCACUUUGGCUGUGACAAAGCUCCUGCCCAGAUUUCCGAAAUGUUUGCAGGGAAUUUAUUUACAGCAUUAAAUGCGACAACUUGCACUUGUUCUUUCUUACGCCAGUUCAGAAGAUGACACGACACUCGUCAUCUCGAAUCCAGAUUUGGUUGUCCCUGACAACACUAUUAAUGCUGAGAUUGUAAAUAACACCUACUUGUUUGUUUGUUAGAUGACAACUAACACUCAGUACUAACAAGACCUGUGUAGUGCUUGGGAAUUAAACUAAACAUAUUCACUUGAGCACUCAAACUUUCAAAAUUUAAACACUGUACUUCUUGUAUGUAGUAUACAGAUAAUGUAGUUUACUUGUAAUAAACACAAAAGAAAUCCACUAAUGUACGUAUAUUACACACAUUGAAAGACGUGAAGAAAUUCAUAGGUGCUUCAUAUACCUUGACAGCAAACAAAAAUUCAACACAUUCAUCACAUACACCUACCAUCCGACUUACGACCGAGUUCGGUUCCGAGAAACCGGUCGUAAGUCGAAAUGGUCAUAAGUCGAACUUUACUACUGAAUAUCAACAAAACAUUUUUGUAAUGACUUUAUUUUAUUGUUUUAUUUUGGUAUUUCAUGUUUUACUUUACUUUUUAUGUUGUUAGUACUGUGUUUUAUACUGUAAGGUUUAGGAUAAACACUGUGUACAACACAAAUACUGGUUUAUUUCCCAGAAAUUUGGCAUAAAAAACAUGGUCGUAAGUCGAGUGGUCGUAAGUCGAGCAGGUCGUAAGUCGGAUGGUAGGUGUAUCUUUAAAAAAAAAUGGUGAAAAUGGGCAUUUUUUCUAAAAUACAUUGCACAUACCUCAGACAUUACUCAUUGUGUACUAUGUAAUCUAUCAUUACCUCGUGAUACACAUACAUUGUGAUCAACAACAGCAAGUCGCCUAAAACUCGCCAUAACAGAAAUUUGUUCAAAUAAUCACUCACGUUCAAGACAAGACACACUUCAAAAGUUUCAAUUUCCUCGACCUACAAAAUGCCUGCAAUUCUGUGCACACUAUAUAUACAGGACACCCAGCACCAAUAUUAACCUACCGUUAAAACCCUAAUUGGAGAGCGGCAACAAAUAUUCGACACAAUACAAGAAGCAAAUUUCUCCUUUGAUAUCCCAAGUGUUCAACUCCAGCCGAGUAGAAACCUGUGCAGAUAAGACUGAGAAAUAUGCAACUUUCUACCAAUAAAUUCUAAGAGCUUCCCAUCUGAACUGCAUCAAAAAUAAUUAGAAAACGCCUUGGAUUUAAUGUAAAUUUAUGUAAAUAUGAUAUAAUGGUUAAAUAUACAGUGGACCCCCGGUUUACGAUAUUAUUUCAUUCCAGAAGUAUGUUCAGGCGCCAGUACUGACCGAAUUUGUUCCCAUAAGGAAUAUUGUGAAGUAGAUUAGUCCAUUUCAGACCCCCAAACAUACACGUACAAAUGCACUUACAUAAACACACUUACAUAAUUGGUCACAUUGGGAGCUGAUCGUAAACCGGGGGUCCACUGUAUAUAUAAUGUGACCUACUUAUCCAGAUUCCAGCCAUCACUCCAUAUGCUUGGACUUGUCAGCGUUGCAUUUGUACCAGUAACAGUUGUUACGCAGAUUUGUCAGUGAUGUAGUAUGUAAUUCUAUUCAUAGUAAUGUUAAUGUCUUGCUACAAUCAAAACUAAUUUUAUAUUUCAUCUUCAGUGCAUCCUGCCCUGUAGCGCUGUAUGACCCUUGUGAGUUUAGUGCUUUUUUUAUUUUAAUAAUUGUAACAGUAUCCAAAACUAAGCAUUAAACCCACAAAAGUCAUACAGUGCUGCAGGGCUGGGUGUGCUAAAGAUGAAAUAUGUAUGAAAGUAUACCUGGAGGGCAUUUCAGGGGUCAAUGCCCCCAUGGCCCAGUCCAUGAUUAGGCCUCAUGGUGGAUUAGGACCUGAUCAACCAGGUUGUUACUGCUGGCCGCACACAAACCAAUGUACGAGCCAUAGCCCGGCUGGUUAGGUAACGACUUUCUGUCCAGCUCCCUCUUGAAGACAGCUCCGGGUCUUGAAGACUGCCAGGGGUAUGUUGGUAAUCUCCCAGCCUUAUUCUAUUGGUAAUUGGGUGAGGAGUAUACAAGAGGCAGUUACUAAGGGUAGUGGGGAGCACUAGAGGGGAAAAUGUAAUUGAAGUUGGUCUAGUAAAGCUGUCGCUCACAAAGUCAAAGGGAAUCUGCAUCAGAGGUGGGGCUGUCAGCAAGGAAGUAAGAUAAAAUAAGGGCAUUAGUGCAGUGACAACACCAGAGGCAAAUUCUGCAUGUCUGCUAAUGGACAGGACGGCCUAUGAAGCAAUGGUAAACUGACAAUGCAACUUGACAAUUCUCACAGAGGAGCUUGAGUGUUUUUCCAUGAAAUACCCACGAGUGAGACUUGUGUCUCCAAUAUGUAGGUGGGAGAUUAUUAGUCUCUCAAACGUGGCCGAUAUUUUAUUAUAAGACUUAUUGUUUUAUAUCAUCAUUACACUUAGUGAAAAUAUUUUCGGACAACUUAUAUUGGGGUUAAUAUUCAACUCCUCCCCUACUGUUUACAAUGUCCACUAGUUUUAAUUAGCUUUACUCUUCCAAAAAUAGCAUCUGUACUUUGGGGCUCAGUGUUGGAGUGUAAAUUUUUUUUUACAUUUCUAUACAGGUCCCCCCUCAGUGCCGAUUUGAGUUGUAAAUUAGCUAUGACGUGAUGUCCCGUGUCAGUGAUAGUUGGUUGUAUGAUAUAGUAUAUUCGGUGAAUGCAAUUGAUGUAUUUAGCAAUCAUUGUUAUCAUGCAGAGUUGAUAGCAUGAUUGAUCUUAGUACAGCUGCCAUGAUCUUGCAAUGCUUCUACUGUAUAAAGUCAGGGACUCCUGUGUGCUGCUUCAUGAUACACCAAAAGGUGUAUUUCUCAAUAUAUAUAUGCUGAGAGUUUGCUUCAAGUCUAAAUAACACAAGCUGAGGAGUUAGCAUUCUCCCAGACAGAGCAGAGGUGGAGGGGUUUCCUCCAAGAGGAACAGCCAGAGGGACUCGGCCUGCAUAUGUAACAUCUGGUGACUUGUACCAGCUUGAACCUGGCAUCAACUUUUAAUCACUAUUGUAGGAUUAAAAUAAAUUCAUCCCGUGGUGUGAAAGGCGAUGUGCAGCCUUAAUGACCCUCGUGUAGCUGAUAGGCUUUAAAUACCAUUAACAAACCUGGGUACUGUAUGGCUAAUGUAUAAUGAUUGUAUAAUGGAGUUCUUUAUGCUUACAGUUGUUCAGAGGAUUUAAAUUACACUAAUUUGUGCAUUUUUCUUAUGUACUCUGUUAGUUACCUUCAUCUUUGUGCAUUUUGCCUUUAGACGAGUAAUACGAAUGUGUAAUACUAGUUUGGUGACUAAUUACUGAAACAUUUGCCUGCUUGGCAGGCUUUGUCAGUCAGAAAAGAGGUGACUUAAGUAUCGGAGAUAACAUUUACAGAGGAGAGGUAGAUAGGUGGUCAGUCUUUCAAGGCCUUCAGGAGAGUAAAUUAGAAGUGGUCAGUCUUUCUACUGUUAUAUCUGGUAUUUAAGUCUUUGUUUCAACUGAAUAUGACUGCCAAGAAGGUCAAACUUCUUUUCAGUAGUGAUUCAUUGCCCAUAUAUCUUAAUUUACUUCUUCUCUCUUUCAACACACCGGCCGUAUCCCACCGAGGUGGGGCGGCCCAAAAGGAAAAACGAAAGUUUCUCCUUUUACAUUUAGUAAUAUAUACAGGAGAAGGGGUUACUAGCUCCUUGCUCCUGGCAUUUUAGUCGCCUCUUACAACACGCAUGGCUUACGGAGGAAGAAUUCUGUUCCACUUCCCCAUGGAGGUAAGAGGAAAUAAACAAGAACAAGAACUAGUAAGAAAAAUGGAAGAAAGCCCAGAGGGGUGUGUAUAUACAUGUACAUAUAUGCUUGUACAUGUAUGUGUAGUGUGAUCUAAGUGUAAGUAGAAGUAGCAAGACUUACCUGAAAUCUUGCAUGUUUAUGAGACAGAAAAAAGGACACCAGCAAUCCUACCAUCAUGUAAAACAAUUACAGGUUUCCGUUUUACACUCGCUUGGCAGGACGGUAGUACCUCCCUGGGUGGCUGCUGUCUACCAACCUACUACCUAACAUCUUAAUUUUACUUGUUGGCGUUAUAUACCACCAGUGAUACUCUUUCUUUUACGACGAAUAUUGUGGGGUCAUUAUGUUGAAACACCAUUCCAGAAAAAUGGGAGAAUAGUUGACAGGCUUUGGAAAUUUCUGGAAUGUUUUAGAACUUGCCAUCGGUUCAAACCCCAGCAGUUUAUAAUGUUUACAAUAAAUUUUUGACUUGAGGGCAAAUUGUUCGUAUUAUUGACAAUUCACAACACGAAUGUUCGUAUGUAGGGGAGUGUGUCUACUGAAGUACUAUAAUAUAAAGCUUGUAAAAAUAUUAGUACUCUGUAUGUAUAUUAUGAGUACAUUGUCCCUUGCUUGUCUUCAUAAUUUCCUUGUAAAUUACAUGUAUUGAUUUUUUUUUAAAUCUGCCAAGAUAAAAAAAAUACUCUCAAAUUUUCCUUGUCUGGUAUCAAUGAUGAAUCUCUCAUGACUUUGGGAAAAGCUGUUAACCAUUUUCUCAUUUUCUUGGAUUGGUGUUUUGAUGUCAAAUUUUCCCACCCAGCAGAUUUGUCAGUUUGGUGUACAGUAGGCCUCCACAUUUUGUGUGGCCAGCGACUCUUUUAACACGUCACAAAUCCCUUUUCAUCCUGUUUCCUAGUUUUAUAUUGGUGGGAUAUUUCCCUUCCUAUGCACCCCAAGUCUUCAUUGUUUACAUUAGACAUUGCAUUGCUUCUUGAUGUUACACUCGUCUCCCACCUACUACUCCAGUUACCUCAUGGACACUCACCUCACCAGUACUGUUUGUCAUUUCCAGUUUAUUGUUCAUUCCAAUUCUGAUAUUUUCAUUUAUCCUCUUUGAUAUUUUCAUUUGUCCCAUUUCCGAUAUUUUGUUUAUCCCAUGUCCGAUAUUUUUGUUUAUUCCAUUUCUGGUAUUUUCAUCAUCCUAGCUUGUGUAAAUAAGAAACAGUGUUGGUUAUGGCAAGUUAUUGUGAAGAUGUUUGUCCACAAUAAAACACCAUAAAAAACACAGAACAGGAAGGGUUAUUAAGAUUUCGUGAAUCAUACAAUACCAUAACUUGUAUUGUCUUAUUUACAUACUUUUGGUAUACUUCUGCGUCUAGUUAUUAAUUGUGGCAUCAGAAAUGUGGUCUAGUAUUAGUGAAGGUGACAGAGAAGUUUAAGGAUGAAAUUAUGUCUUGUAAAGAAAUUAGAUGUGAUUGAGAUGGUCACAUUUGGAGCACAUGUGAUGGCAGCAGUGCGAGCCGUUGCUCUGAGAGAAUCGACUAUUCUUUCAAUCUGAGACAUUGAGAAGACCUUGUGUAGUGAGUAACCCUAACUGUGACCUGAAAAUAAUGGGAAAGAAGCCAAUAUAAUAAGAUUGAAAAAAAAAAUCUGAGAGUGAAUUAACUAUGAAAAUUCAGUACUUUAUUUCCUUAUCAUUAGGUAGAAAACCCAACUGUGCUGUAACAGUCUGUUAGGAAAACAGAAAGCUGCAAAAAAUGUUCAUUUAAAUCUGGAUGAUUAAUAGUUUCAAAGUGUACAGUCAAUUGAGAGAAUACAUACUUGAAGGCUCCGGUCGGUAACAACUGUCAACCUCAGCCCAAGAAUCCCAGCUAUCCACCUCAUCCCUAGAUAGCCACUGUGGCCCAGGAGAGUGAUAACCCUCUCCACUGAUGUCAGACUCAUCAUACAUCAACAAUCAUAAUUUAAGGUGAGCAGUACAAUAUUCCCAUUGAUUUUAUUGGGUUAUCCUAGGUUAAAUCAUCCUAUGUUUGUACUGUAUCACAGAUCAUUUUUAAUUUUCCCAAAAUGCCAUUCUGCCAUCAAACUCAUUUUGAAAUCUUUUACUUUAGCCAAAUUAAGAAUUUAAAUAAUUCAUGGUUUGAUUUUUUUUUUUUUCGAGGUGUCGGGAACGCAACCCAAUUAUUCCCAUAAGUUGUUCAUUCCACAAAACAGUUUCACUUAUGACUCAGUUUCCAGCAGUGUAUUCUGCAUGAAAGGUGGUGGUCUACUGUAUUUAAGGUGUAGUCUAAAAACUUUCAAUUUAUUGUAUUUACUGUCAGCUCUUUUAUAAAGCUCCUCUAUAUAGUUUUUUUAAUUAAAGUACAUCCAGCUCUGAAAGUACUUUUUCACUCACAUUCGUAAGUCGCACUGUAUAGAGGAUCUUUAUAAGAGGAUUGACUGUACUGUAGUAUGUAUUAUUUCUAUAAACAUUUAUAAUUUAGAUAUGUAACAAUAAAGUAUCUUUUACA